AUGUCAGAGAUCAGACUGGUUCUUCUCGGGAAGACUGGCAGCGGGAAAAGCGCCACCGGUAACUCCAUUUUGGGUCGUAAACUUUUCGAUGCAAAGGUCAGCAGCUCUUCGGUCACCCAGCGUUCUCGGAGGGCCUGUGGAGAAAUCAGCAGAAGGCACCUAGUGCUUUUGGAUACUUCGGGAAUUCUGGACACUACACAAACGCCACAGGAGGUGCAGAAAGAGUUAAGGAAGAGUGUUAGUCUUCUCUUCCCAGGGCCACAUGUCUUUCUUCUAAUUAUCCAGAUAUCACGGUUCACUCAGGAAGAGAAAGAGGCAGUACGGCAGUUCAAACAGGCCCUUGGUUCUCAUGCUUUACAGUUGUCUAUUGUGGUUUUUACCCAUGGAGACUGCAUGGAAGAGGGAGUUUCUGUGAGGCAGUGUAUGAUAGACAUGUGCCCAGACCUGGAGGAAUUGUUGACAGAAUGUGGGGGGAGAUACUGUGUCUUCAACAACCAGAGCUCUAGAAGCAAGGAGCAGACAUCUGAGCUGCUUGCCAUCAUUGACCGCAUGAUGCAGGAAAAUGGAGGAACCUGCUACACCAGCAAGAUGCUUCAGAGAGCAGAAGAAGAUCUAGCCCGCAUACAGCGGGAGGAGAGGCAGUUGUUAAGACUCAAAGAGAAGCAAUUAAAAAAGAACUAUGAGGCAGCAAUGAAAGUGAGGUUUGAAAGAGAGCUGGAGAAGCUUCAGAAAAAAAGGGAAAUGGAGAACCUUGGCACAAAGAAGGAGAAGUUGAGAGUUUUUGCGGAAAAAGAGUUUGAAGAGUUUGAGAGACAGAUGAGGCUCCAUCAGGAGGAGGACAACACAGGAGAAGCUUUUCAAGAGAAGGUUGAAGGUCGGGCGACCCAAAUGGAAAAACAACAAACGGACAAGAUAAAAAUAGAAUUCCUCAUGCAGCAGCUCCAACUCUUCAAGUUGAUGACUGAUGAGUAUAAACGCAGAGAAGUCAGCCUCAAGAGGCAGUUGAAACGACAGGGGAGGGAACCUCAAUCUAUGUUUGUUGCACAACUGAGCAACAAAACCAUCAAGAAGAAACGUGGGGAUUCACUGCACAGCACUGCAAAGUAUGUGACUGGAUUCAUGCAUGAGAUGGGACAGAUUGGGCUCAAUGCAUCUUUCCAGCACGUGGGGACUGCUUGUUGUAUACAGUAA